AUGACGCCAAAGAUCCGCAGCCCUUACGCAAUCGCCGCCUUUGCUUGCAUUGGCGGCAUUCUCUUUGGAUUCGACAUUGCGUCCAUGAGCGCUAUCCUCGUCACUGAGAACUACAAGGUCUACUUUCACGGUGACAGUGCCGUCAACCCCAGCUUGAAGCCUGGUCAGGAAGGAUGGCUCAUCUCCGAAGGUCCUAACGCUACUCUGCAAGGCGGCAUCACUGCCGCCAUGCCAGGAGGAAGUCUCAUCGGCGCCCUCUCCGCCGGUGCUCUCGCCGACCGAUUCGGAAGGCGUGCUGCUCUCUUCAUUGCCUGCUGCUUCUGGCUCGUAGGCUCUAUUCUCAGCUGCGCAGCUCAAAACAUUGGUAUGCUCGUCGUCGGUCGCUUCAUCAAUGGUAUCUGCGUCGGUAUCGCCUCUGCAACGGUCCCCUUCUACCUCGCCGAGCUGUCUCCUUCCCACAUUCGCGGUCGCGUCGUCUCGGCACAGCAAUGGGCCAUCACUUGGGGCAUCAUGGUGUUCUACUACAUCAGUCUUGGAUGCUCUUACGCCGCAGACCAAGACGGUCGCAACACGAUCACAUGGAGACUUCCCUGGGGACUUCAAAUGAUCCCCGCCAUCUUCAUCAUGGGCAUGCUCCCUCUUCUACCCGAAAGCCCUCGUUAUCUGGCCAAGAACGCUCGCUACCAAGACGCCUUGGACGUUCUCGCUCUUGUGCACGCCAAUGGCGAUGCUAGCGACCCCAAGGUCCUGGCCGAGUUUGAGCUCAUCAAGGAGAACAUGCAGCUCGAGAGCGGUGAAGGCACGGGCUACCUCGACCUCUUCCGCGGACGUCAACUUUACCGUACCCAUCUCGUCUUCUUCACCCAAGUCUGGAGUCAAUUGACCGGCAUGAACGUCAUGAUGUACUACAUUGGAUACGUCUUCCAAAUGGCCGGCAUCUCCGAUACAGAGUCCAACACCAAGUCAUCGAGCAUCCAGUACGCCAUCAACGUCGUCAUGACCGUGCCCGCACUCAUCUACCUCGACCGUUGGGGUCGUCGUCCCACGCUCCUCAUCGGAGCCGCGCUCAUGGGUGCCUGCAUGCUCAUCAACGGCAUCAUCCUCGCCACUUGCGGUGGACCAGUCGACCGUUCCCUCGCAAUCAACGCCGACCUUCCCGACACUGUCAGCUGGAGACUGCCGGCUGGAGGCGCGUCAGGAAGAGCGAUGAUCGCAUUCACCUACCUCUUUGUCGCCUCCUACGCUCCAACCUGGGGACCCGUCUCUUGGGUCUACCCCUCCGAGGUUCCCGUCCAACGUCUGAGGGCCAAGUCCGGCUCCAUAUCUGCCGCAGGAAACUGGAUGUUCAACUUUGCUUUGAGCUACUUCGUCCCACCAGCCUUCAGGAAUUUGCGGGCAAUGGGCGCCUACUUCCUCUUCUUUGCCUUCAACGUGAUGAUGUUCAUUCACGUCUUUUUGGCAUUCCCCGAGACAAAGGGAAAGACACUGGAGGAAAUCGCAGCGAUAUUCGAGUCCAACGUUCCAGCCUGGCGAAGCUCCCAAGUGCUCAACGACGUUCACAGAGCCGACGAUCUCGCUCAGGCGGUUGCCCGUGGAGACCUCACCGUCGACGCUGGUAAGGCACCCAAUGCCGGUCCUCAGACUCCCGAGUCUCCGGGCUCGGAGAAAAAAGAACUUGCAUAA